GCGGCCGGCGGGGACGCACGAGUGCUUUCGAACGAUUCGAAAUUCGAAUUUUCUUUUUUCUUUUUCAAAACGGUCACGGUAAAUAGGGGCUUUUAUUUGUUGUCUAUGAUUAAAAACGUUAUUUCAUCUGUGGCGGACGAGUCGUGGUGCACUUAUUUUUUUUUUAGUUAAUAGUGUUGUGUUAUGAAGUGUUUUUUUCUGUAAUCUAUAAAAAAAAAUGCGCUUGGAUUCAUGGUAUCAUUAAUUGGGUGAGAAGCAGCUGACAUAUAAGCGCGAGUGGGACAGAGCGAGGCGUACGUGAAGUUGCGCGCGCGCAACCGCCUGUGGCGCCGCGCCGUGUCAGUUGACGGCAAACUCGCGAGCGCACUUGCUGUGUUUAUUGAUUUUUUUUUGCCAUCAAAAUAUUGUUUUUUCUUAUUGGAAAAUUGUUGCGUUGUUCUGUGAGCUUGAAUAUUUGUGUGCAUGUUGAAAGUGGCAUAGAGGAAAAAUUUUGUGUUAUGUGAAACAGUGGUUUAGUGGAAAAUGUGUGAUUUUUUUUGUCGCCGAUGGAUGAAGUGCAUUGUUUAAAGCCUGUCGGAUGUGCCGAAGUAUUUUGUGCCGUUUUUGUUUGGCGUAACGAUAAUAAUUGGAUUUAUUCAAGUGAUGGUGUGAGGGCGCAUGGGUGUGGCCGCGGCGCUGCUAGAGGCGGCGGCGCGCGGCGACGCGGCCCGCCUCGCCAGCUUGCUGCACGCGGAUUCGCGCGCACUCGACGCUACUGACGAGAAUGGAUGCAGCGCGCUGCAGCGGGCCGCGGCCGACGGGCACGUGGAAGUGGUGCAGCUACUGCUGCAGCACGGCGCCGACCCCAACAAGCAGGACCUCGUCCACGGCAACACGGCAGCGCACGAGGCCGCGUGGAAGGGUUACUCGCGGUGCGUGGCGCUCCUCGCGGGCGGCGGUGCAGAGCUGCGCGCGCGCAACGCGGGCGGCUUCACGGCGCUGCACCUCGCCUGCCAGAACGGACACAACCAGUCCUGCCGCGAGAUACUGCUCGCCGGCGCACCACCCGAUGACCAGAACAAUUACGGCGAUACGUCACUCCAUACGGCCGCUCGGUACGGCCAUGCCGGAGUCACGCGUAUCCUCAUCUCCGCACAGUGUAGAGUCUCGGAGCAAAACAAGAACGGAGAUACGGCACUUCACAUCGCAGCGGCUAUGGGCAGGAGAAAACUAACCAGAAUCCUGUUAGAAGCCGGCUGUGACAAGUCUCUGAGAAACCAUCAAGGAGAAACAGCAAGAGAUAUUGCGACUAGGAAAGGUCUCCAAGAAAUCAUCAGUAUACUUAAUACACCAGUAGCUAAACAGACGAAAAAGAAAGAAAAACAAAGAGAUAAAAGCAAAGAAAGAACUAUCGAUGAACCUGAUGAUGGAAAAAAGAAAAAUAAAGACAAGAAAAAGAAGAAUGUGCAUUUUGAGAAUCCGCCUACAGUCCAGUGGUCACCAUACGGAUGCCAUUAUUAUCCUGAUCCUAAAUUCUUCCCAAAGCCAAAACUUAGCUCUCUACCCACCGAACCAUUAAAAAAAGGAGAGCAAUACUAUUUAGAUUUGGCUGGAAAUAUUAAAAAGGGACCCAUUGGUGCUGGCUAUACAUGCUAUUGUGCACCGUUUUUCAAACACAUGGAAGAUAAAUUGAACGAAGACAAGAAAGAUUUGAAACGUCAUAUAGAUCGUGCUCAUGAGAGAUUAGACCAGAAGGUAACGGAUUUGGAAAUGAAAACUCAAGGACAAAUAUCAGAGCUGACAAGGUUUGUUGCAGCAGAACGAGCAUUAUGUAAAGAGAGGCACAAACAUUUGGAACAUUGGAUAACUCGAGGCAUGAUGUUCAGGGCAUCAGAACGUGUGAGAAAACUAGAUUAUAGCCCGAAAGGUUCCUUAGAUAUAGCUCCACUAAAACGAACUAGAAGUUUGGAGUUUUUAGACACAAAUGCAGAAGAAUGGAGUAAAGUCCACAGGAUAAUAAAGAAUUUCAAUCAGAAUACAGAACAGUAUGAGAGUAAUGCCAAAGAACUGAAUGAUAAAAGCAAAAUAACGUCUAAAAGCACCGAAGUUUUAGAUAGUAUAAAAUCACCUGAUGGUCCCAGACGGAGACAAUUGCUUAAGAACUCUAGAAGUAGUGAUCAUUUAGAUGCUGGACCUAGUAGAAGUUCUAGAUCCCCCCAUACACCAGCACCUCAUACAAGUCCAAUUCGAGAUAAUAAUCAUUUUCAAAACGUGACAGCAGAAAUUCACGUUAAGGCUAAUAAAGUAUCAGUUUCUCAAUCACCAGUUUCUAUGGAAGUAGAAGCUUAUAAUGAACGUUACGUGUCACCUAGUCGUCAGUCCAACAUAAAGUCUCCAAGCAAUAGCAAUAGGCAUUCAGAUUUUAAAGCAAGUGAUUCUGAAGGAGAUAACAUUACAAGAAACCAGGAAGAUAGUUCUCAAAAUGUACCCGUAUGGAAAAGUCAAGUGCUUCAAAGAACUGCAGACGAUAUUCGCAAAAGAGUUACGCUUGAAAAGGAAAUGGCUGACGUCAUAGAUAGAAGUAAUGCAAAGUCUUUAGAUAUAUCUCAAGAUGGAUAUGUUAAACUUCGUAAACAAACAAACUACCCUAGAGAAGAGAGCAACAUAGUAAGAGAGCCAAGAAAAUCCGUGCAAGAACUAGUAGCACAAGUAGAACACCAACAAAGAUGCCAAUCCCCUGAACCAUUACAUUUAAGUAGAAAACCCGUACCCACCGAAGCACAAGAAACUCCUGUAGCUCGAAUGAAUAUUCAACCUGCACCUGGUAUACUAAAAAUGCCACAACAACCUCAAAGGCCCGCGCCAGUCUUAAAAGAAAAGCCACCGAAAAGCAAACGAUUCAGCUUGCAUAACCUUAUACCAUUCCCAACGAGAAAAACUUUCCAAACUCCACCAAAGGACAAUGGCAACAACUCUGAGAGCAGCGACGAAGAAGACAAUCCUAUAAGGAGCACAAAUCAACCCGGACCAAUGAGAAACUCCAACUUGCUCCAAACAUUACCAAUGCCUAACUUCGAGACCAUGUCAAAUAAAUCACAGUCGCCUGCACCUCAAGUACCUCAAGUGCAGUCGAACCAAAAUAACCCGUAUGUUCAAGAUCUAAGACCCAUGAUUCCAAAAGAUGCUUAUUUUCACGAGAUACCUAAUAGACAAGUACACCAUCAAAUGCCAUAUAAAGAUAUGAUAAAUACCGGUCCUCCACUUCCCCAAUACACUCCUUGCCAAACGCAGUACGACUAUAACGAGCCAGGAUUACCUCAGAACCAACAAAUACAAGCUCGAAAUAGAAAUCCUUUGUACCACCAUCAAACAGGAGUGUUCGAUGCCAUGAUGCAAGACCAUAUAUUGAGGGAAAUGGAACGAAUACCACAUUGUUACAGCGAGCAUUUGGACCAGAACACUGAGGUGGAAAUAGCUAACCAGAAUGAUCACUUUCGUGGCGGGUACUACGAUAACCGUCCGGCAAUGUACCCAAAUUUUAGAGGAAACCCACAUGUCAUGAAUAGGAAACCAACUCCUGAUCAUAACUUGCUCCAUAGUCGACUUCAAUCUUUAGCCAUCAAUACUCACUUGACAGAAACUCAAAGCCAGACUGAUAGGGAAUCCCAUAACGAUUCAGGAUACAGUACAAAGGUGUAUGGAAGUUCUCAGGGCCCAUCGCCGAGUCUUUCUGGCCACGUGGAGUGCUCAGAUAACCUUUCUGGACAAAGAGUAAACGUUGUACCUAAUGGUAAGAUAGGCGCGCAGUUUGGUGCAUCGAGUUUAGUAUAGUACUUGAUAGAAAUGUUCUUAAAAAAAUUGGUAAAUCGUCUGUGUAUUUAAAAUACUUCAAUCCUUGUUCCAUAAGAGGCGAAACAUUUGCUCCAAUAGAAAUGUCGAUGAAUAUUCUAUAGUCACUAUUCCAAUGAUCCACUAAUCAAUAAUAACUAAUACCUAAGCUACAUAAAAAAUACACAACAUACUUUAUAUUGCUGUGCCUGGAAAUUAAACCCAAAAUUUGGAUAGACGAUUAGAAUUAUUUUGUUUAAUUCCGUUACUAUCAGUAUGCAUGCAUGUAGAGGGCGCCAAUGUCUAUUACCUAUAACGAGCGGGUGGAUGCCCGCGAGUUGCCCGGAUUGGUCGUUCUAUUAUGUUGGUAGUAGUGACGGUAGGUUGUACCAUGACAGUAAAAUUCUAUGUACAUUUGGCGGACUUGACACCGAACAGUGUCCUCUACCAGUCAACCAUUGGGUAAACCGAAAAAUAAGUAGGCGGUGCAUUAUAUAUCCAGAACUUCUACUAAUAAUAGUAAUCAAUAUUUAAAUGUUGGCAGUCGCACGUAUUCACGCAUACUAAUGGCAGCGGAAUUAAACAAAAUAAUUCUAAUCAGUAAUAUGGACUUCCGCAAAUUAACACCUAGUUCACUAUCUGGAAACUGUCACUAAACCUAUCAUUUCACCAAAAUGUGCUAAUUCCAGAAACUCUCUGUGAAGGUUUACCUGUUGGUAUAAAACUACAAAAAUUAAACGAACCAUCUAUAACAUCUUACCAUAAAAAAAUGCGCCUAUUUGUGCCUUCCUUAUCUAAUCACAAUUAACAAAAAAGGAUAGCGAUUAAUACUGUUCAAAUGCGAUAAAUGUUGUUCAAAUAGAAAUAUAGCUUAGUGAUCAAUUAGCGACUUAAAAUACUCAAAAUUUAAUGUAAGUCACAAGCACGUAUACUCACAAUGCAAUAACGGUGUUAAAUAUUGUUAUAUACUCAGGGCCGGAUUAUUCAUUAGGCAGUGUAGGCAACUGCUUAAGGGCCCGCCAUAGACUAGGAACCUCAUGAACCGAUAAUUUUGUUUUCGAAAAGAUUUCAAAACAAAUAAAUCCUCAAUAAAAAUUUUUCUUUAUAUUUUUAUAUUACGUCAUCUUAGUAUAUUUCGUAACGCAUUUCAAGUUAUUAUAUGUACAACAAUAUUUUAGCAGUUUUUUUGCUAGCGACACUUGCAUUGCCUAGAGACCCCAACAUAAUCCGGCUCUGAAUAUACUGCUAAACCAUAUUAUUCUCAAUAAGAAAUCUUAUAAUUUUUGUCACUGUAGUAUCGUAAGAGAUUCCCUUAAAUUCGGCAAUGUCUCCAACUCGACGAUGGGCUUUCUAUAAGCCGUUUCCAAUCAUUUUUACACAGUGUAAUGCAACUUCAUGAUUGGUCUGUUUUCAUGAACGCCCUGCGUCAUCUUUUACGGCCGGUGAUCGGUCGUCCCUCAAAUUGGAGACCGGUAGAGAGCCGAGGUCGCCAGUUCGGGAGCCGAUCACAUAAUUUUUUUUUUGUUGCAGUAUCCGGUCAUAGUACCUUCCUAAUGCUUCUCAAAUAUUGCGUCUAAACUGCGCCCACCAUGUACCCUCUUGUAUAGACAUUCCGUCACCCGUGUCCAAUAACGAGGACGGGAUGCCUUAAAUACUGUACCGCAAAACAUAAAAAAAAACUCAACGAUGGUGAAAUCGAAUUAAAAAUCAUACAUUCCCAAUAAAGAGAGUUUAGUUUAGGGCCGGGAGUUUUCCAUUAUGAAUAACUAAGUUCAUAAUAUUUUAUUAAUACCAACAUAACACUAUAAUACCCCGUCGAUUAAAACAUCAACGAAGACAUUCUUUGACAAUUUAAAAAAAAUCCUAUUUACAAAACUUAAUGGUACAUAAAAUUCCAGACAAAUUAUCAUAUUGAAGACUAGGCAGCAUGGUCUCCGACCUUAGCCUGUUCCACAACGGAACAAACGUACUAAAAAAAAAAAUUUAAUGGUACACUAGUAACAUAUGGUUUAGCGGUAAAAUCGACGCCAUUAAAAAAAAAAAGAGAUAAUAAAUAAAGUACAAAUUUUAACUAGAAAUAUUGAUGCCAUGUAUCACACUAUACCUUUAAUAAAUUAGAUAUAAUAUAUAAAAAGAAAUAAGUUUGUUUGUUGUAAUGUUUGUAAAAAUGUAUGUGUUCUUUAGAUAUAAUUUUUUUAUUUUAUUAAAAUACGUUUUCAAUUUCUAUUUUUGUGUAAAAUAAAUAUUUAUUAUUGAUUUACAUGUAUGUAUGAAAUAGUUUUGUACUGAUUGCCUUAAUUAAAUGCACUUUAAGUGUCACGACUAAACGCUUGGCUUUUUUUUUAUGUAUGUCUAAUUACUUUACUCCAUCGUUAGUUGUAAAAUACGCUUUUAGCGAUAAAGCUGUCUACUGUUAUUUUCUCUACAGAAUUUAUAAAUGUCACUAAUAUUCUAAAUACAGUUUUAAUGCUAUAUGGAUGUCUGAUGCUUAGACGGAAGCCUGAACGAAUUUCAAAAAAAUUUGAUAAACGAGUAUGUUAACACUUAACAUAUAGGAUACUUUAUAUACUAAUUCACAAGGGAACGAUAUAUAAAUGAAUA